UAUUAUUAAUAUAUAGUGCAAAAGAUUAAUUGAAGGUAAAGUUAAUUAGUGAAUAUAUGUGUAAUCUGAUAGUUCAUCAAAUAUGGUUCGUUUCGGAAGGAAGGACAGACCAGAAUGUCGCGAGCUUUUGGCGAGCUUAAACCAAAUGUCAGUUGGAUGCGAAAAAGGAGCAGAAAAUGAUGCAUUUCAUCAUGUAAGAGAUAAUCUCAAUAGUCUUAGUGAGAAAGGUGUCGAUAAUACAGAUCUAGUAUUUUUGCAAGGAUUACUGGACAGCCCAGCUGUUACUUCUCUAGUCAAGGUUCAGGACAAACUCGAAGACAGGCCCAGGUCGGUGCAGCCAGUAAGCUCAGGUGCAAGUCAAUUGGCACGAGAGGUCGCGAACAGAUGCCGCUACGCCACUACAAGAUACGCCAAAGAACUCCGAGCACUCUUGAACGAACUUCAUUUUAAGGCUCUACUGGAAGCCCACGACGAAAUAGCCGAGCGUACAUACGAGCGAUCCGUUCUUGAAGAAAGGAACGGGCACACCCUUGGGCUUAACUCUGAAGACGAACAAGAAGAGGAUAUAAUGCACGGUGAAGUCUUCAGGGUCGUAGGGCUCCGGAAGAAUCCGGACGAACCAUUGGGAUUGACGGUUCAACUCGACGAUCAAGACAAUCUAGUAGUCGCGCGCAUUCUAGGAGGUGGCGCUAUAGCCAGACAAGGUCUUCUUCAACCAGGAGAUGUGAUCGUAGAAGUCAAUAGUAAUACUGUAAAUUCACCAGAAGAGCUUCAAACCCAUGUCAAUAGAGCCCGAGAUUCGGUCACAUUUAAGGUGGCCCCUGCAAGUACUUCCAAAGGAGCCUCAGUGGAUCUGCAACACAUGCAAGGACAGGUAACCACAACUGGAUACGAUGGAAAGAAAUUGACGUGCUACAUGCGAGCUCUUUUUGAUUAUUAUCCGAAAGAAGAUUCCUUACUGCCUUGUAAAGAAAUUGGUUUAGAAUUUCAGAAAGGAGAUAUAUUACAGAUAGUAGAUAAUAAAGACCCAAAUUGGUGGCAGGCCAAGCACGUCGGAGGCUUAGGACCUGCAGGUUUGAUACCAUCUCAAGAACUCGAAGAAAGGCGACAGGCCUAUGUCGCUCCUGAGGCUGAUUAUGUACAUAAAAUUAGCAUAUGUGGAACAAGGAUAUCGAAAAAGAAGCGAAAAACAAUGUACCAAUCACACAGUAACAACCAGUUCGAUAAAGCCGAUAUAAUGUGCUAUGAAGAAGUGACCAGAAUGCCUCCCUUCAAACGAAAAACAUUAGUUUUAAUUGGAUCUCAGGGAGUGGGUAGAAGGACGUUGAAGAAUCGACUGAUAAAUAGCGAUCCAAAUAAAUUUGGAACCAUUGUGCCUUGGACGUCACGACCUCCUAGAGUUUUGGAAGAAAAUGGGCGCAGUUAUUGGUUCGUGGACCGGGAGACUAUGGAGAACGAAAUCAGGGAACACAAAUUUUUGGAACAUGGGGAACACAAUGGGCAUCUUUAUGGAACACAUUUAGACACAAUUCGGGAUGUCAUAAAACAAGGAAAAAUGUGUGUAUUAGAUUGCGCGCCAGGUGCAUUGAAACUUUUGCAUAACAGUACAGAAUUUAUGCCUUAUGUUGUUUUCAUCGCAGCCCCUGGAAUGGAGCAGCUCCAACAGAUGUAUAAUCAUUUCAGAUCAACAGGAACAUCUAGUCGCAAUCUCACGUUUGACAGACAAAGUUCCAUCAGAUACAGUUCGAGAAGGGCUAGGACCCUUGAGUCUCUUGCUUCUUUGUACGAGGAAGACGAUUUAAGAAGAACAGUUGAAGAAAGUGCUUGUCUUCAAAGAACAUACGAAAAAUACAUCGAUAUGUCGAUCAUCAAUGAAGAUUUCGAUACCACAUUCAGGGCAGUCGCCGAAGCUUUGGAAGCUCUCAGUUCGGAGCACCAAUGGGUUCCUGUAAACUGGAUAUAUUAGCUGGUAAUAAUCUAAAAAAAUAUAUUUUUUGUAAAUAUAACGAAUACGUGAAAAAUUUUGUGGACUAAU